CGCAGGCGCAGUGCGACUUCGGAGGCGCUGGUCUUCCCCCCGCGGAUUUGGAUCCGGGUCAGUUAGGCGCCGCGAUCGGGGAAAGACGUUCUAAACUGACCGGACUGGCUUACCGGAGCGCCCCUGCUGCGAGAAGUUCUGCCAGCAGGAGGAAUUUGUUUACAGCCUACAGACAGCACCGUUUUAGAUGCUGUGGAGCUUCAAAAAUAAGAGAAUAUCUGAUCUUUGGCCAUCCCUCUCCCCAGUAUUAACGGGAACAUCCAUAAUAGUGUAAAAACUUUCACAAUGAAAUCGGAAGCCAAGGAUGGAGAGGAGGAGAGUCUACAAACUGCUUUCAAGAAACUAAGAGUGGAUGCAUCAGGGUCCAUAGCGUCUCUGUCUGUUGGAGAAGGCGCAAGUGUCAGAGCGUCGGUCAGAGCAGCAGUAGAGGAUGCCAAGCCUAAGUCCGCAUGUGCAUCUAAAGACAGUUGGCAUGGGUCUACAAGGAAGUCUUCACGAGGAGCAGUGAGAACCCAGCGUCGCCGCCGUUCCAAGUCUCCUGUCCUUCAUCCUCCAAAGUUCAUACAUUGCAGUACAAUAGCUUCUUCCAGCAGCCAGCUCAAGCACAAAAGCCAGACUGACUCCCCUGAUGGCAGCAGUGGGCUGGGAAUUUCAACCCCUAAAGAGUUCAAUGCAGGAGAAUGCUCAUCUUCUCUCGAUACUAAUCACACAGGGGCGGUUGCUGAGCCUUUGAGAACUUCGGUUCCAAGGCUCCCAUCAGAGAGUAAGGAGGAAGAUUCCUCUGAUGCUCCCCAAGUCUCCCAAGCAAGUCUCCAGGCCAAUGAUCUCUCUGACUUUCAAUCGGUUUCCAAGCUAAACCUGGGCAAGCCAUGUGUAUGCAUAGGCAAGGAGUGCCAGUGUAAGAGGUGGCAUGACAUGGAGGUGUAUUCCUUUUCAGGCCUGCAGAAUGUCCCUCCCUUGGCCCCAGAACGAAGAUCCACACUUGAGGACUACUCUCAGUCGCUUCACACGAGAACUCUGUCUGGCUCUCCCCGUUCCUGUUCUGAGCAGGCUCGUGUCUACGUGGAUGACGUAACCAUUGAGGACCUCUCGGGCUACAUGGAAUAUUACUUGUAUAUCCCCAAGAAAAUGUCCCACAUGGCAGAAAUGAUGUACACCUGAGAGCAAGAAGCUCCUUACUAUGCUUUAACCAAUGAAGGGUUGUCAGAGAGUUAGUUAACAGCAGACCUUGCAGCUACUUUGUGUGAGAAGACAUCUCCUUCUGCUCACUGUGCUUGCAAUAAAAACUUUUCUUGGCAUCUCA